CUGGCACAAAUUUCUGGGAAGAAAAACUUCGUUUCCUUCAAAACUCUCAGGAAUCUGCCUAGCAAUCGUGUCUCAGUUGUUCUCAGAAUUUGUUCUUUGGUUUAAUUUGGGUUUUCCUCUUUCAUACUCAUACUUCAGAUCCCCUUUUUGUUGAAUUUGAAUUGCAUUUUCCUAUUCAUGGCCCUUCAUCUCAGCAGUGCGUGGUUUGGUAGUUUUCUGGGUCACUCGAGAGUUCAGAGAGUAAAAUCAGUUGCUUCUAAGGGCUCUGCUACUCUCAAAACAGAGGAAGAGAAGAAGAUAAAGUUAGGUGGUUCUGACUUGAAGGUGACAAAGCUGGGAAUUGGAGCUUGGUCUUGGGGUGAUAUUACUUUCUGGAACAAUUUCAAUUGGACUGAUAAGGAUGAGAAAGCUGCCAGAGAUGCUUUCAAUGCUAGUGUUGAUGGGGGCCUAACCUUCUUUGAUACUGCUGAAAUUUACGGUUCUAAUCUCAUGCUAGGAGCAGUAAAUUCAGAGGUUCUUCUUGGAAGGUUUAUCAAGGAAAGAAAACGGAGAGAUCCAGGAGCAGAGAUUGAUGUUGCUACCAAGUGUGCCGUAUUGCCCUGGCGGCUUGGUCGUCAAAGUGUUCUCACUGCACUUAAAGAUUCCCUUGCUCGACUUGGACUCUCUUCGGUGGAGCUUUAUCAGCUGCACUGGCCGGGAGUAUGGGACAAUGAAGGGUAUAUUGAUGGACUGGGAGAUGCUUUUGAACAAGGCCUUGUUAAGGCUGUUGGUGUUUCAAACUAUAAUGAAAAGCGGCUCCGUGACGCCUAUGAGAAGCUUAAGAAGAGAGGCAUCCCUUUGGCUUCAAACCAAGUAAACUAUAGCCUCAUCUACAGGGUCCCUGAGGAAAAUGGUGUGAAAGCUGCAUGUGACGAACUUGGGGUCACAGUGAUUGCAUAUUGUCCACUUGCUCAAGGAGUUUUAUCAGGAAAGUAUGGUCCUGAGAAUCCACCAACUGGUCCUCGAGGCAUAGUUUAUACUCCAGAAUACUUAAGAAAGCUCCAACCUUUGCUGAAAAGAAUCGCUGAGAUUGGAGACAAGUAUGAUAAAACAAAUAUACAGGUAGUCUUAAACUGGCUUAUGGCACAAGGCAACGUUGUGCCUAUUCCAGGAGCUAAAACUGCAAAACAAGCUAAGGAAUUUCUUGGUGCACUUGAUUGGAGGCUAAAUGGUGAUGAGAUAGCUGAGCUCAGAAGUAUGGCUUCCAACAUUGAACGUGUUAUUGGUCUUCCUUUCGAAAGAUUUUGAAAUAUUAGCAUUAUGUUAACAAUAUUUUAUGCGCGUGAGUUCAUCACAGCAGAAAAUUAAAAAUUAAUAGAGGUUAAAUAUGAACUUGAUAGUUUUAUAAUAAAUAUUAAUGUUUAGAAGAUAUAAAAUGAAA